AAAUUUUGUUAUGCAAUAAUCGACGAUUUUGUGUAACAUAUGAUACGUCACGCUUUAAUCAGACUUAAAAAAUAGAAAAAUAACUUGCAAAAGAAUUCUGUGUAUCGACGACUACCAGCGUCUUCGAUGUUGCCUGGAAAUCAAUAUGGCGUCGGAGAUGUGUACACACCGGCGUCGUUGGUCGGCCGCAUGCCUGUUUCGAUCGUGAUUAUCUUCCGGUAUUUCGUGCGUCGUUCAGUGUACUUGCCAGUGUUCCGGAUGGAAAAGACUCGCUCGACGAGGCUCCGCCACAGGCAAUGGCGUCGCAUCGCGAAAAGGGAACGUCGCAGACGUCUGCGGCGGAAAGCCGCACAGAAGCGUGAUACUGAGGAAGACCAGCUGAGGGCAGCACUCGAGCGCGACGCGGACUAUUUGAAUUGGCGCGUGGAGCAGGAGAAACUGGAAGAGGAAAGGGAAGCGCGAGAACAGGAAGAACUCGCGAAACAAGAGAGACUUUGGCUGAAAGAAGAAGUGAGAGCGCAGAAGGAAUGGCAAGUUCUUCAGGAACAGAGAGCAAAGGAGGAGCAGGAAAGACUCGAGCAGCAGAUGAAGAAUCUCGAAGAAUUCAAGGCUAGGCAAGAAGCGUUUCAGAAGAAGAAGGAAGAGGAGAAACAGAAACGCGAGGAACAAUUUAGAAAGCAGGAGCAGUUGCAGAAGGAAAUUGACGAUUACAUCGAUAAUGGUGUGCAGACACCUGAACCUCUGCGAGAAGUCGUCGAUAGCCAACCUAGCAAAGAUCUUUGUCCAUUCUUUACGAAAACAGGUGCUUGCCGGUACGGAGAUGCGUGCUCGAAGAAUCAUCGCAGGGUUCUGCUGAGCAAGGUGAUCAUGGUGCCCGGAUUUUACUCACACUUCUCCCUCGAGAAAAACUCGGCGGAAUAUGACACGGACGUGGCCCUCGAGUUUGAAAGUUCGGAGACGCGACAUCACUUCCGCGAGUUCUACGAGGACGCGAUAAGCGAACUGGAGUCAUUCGGCAGGAUCAAGACGCUGAGAUGUUGUUGCAACAUCGAGGUCCAUUUGCGCGGUAAUAUGUACGUGGAGUAUUAUACGGAGAGGGAAGCAGCUAGAGCUUGGAGAAACUUAAAGGGACGCUGGUACGCUGGCAAACAACUCAACUGCGAGUUCGCUAAUUUAACUUCGUGGAGGAGCGCCGUCUGCGGGAUGGCCAAGUGUCCAAAGGGUAGCAGAGCUUGCAACUUUCUUCACACGUUGAGAAAUCCGCACGAUAAGUACAGUAUAAAAAGUCCACCCCGAAGAUUGAAGAACACUCCUCAGGACGCGAACACCAGCAAGAGAAGUGAACACAGAAGUAAAUCCAAAUGGGAAGAAUCCGUUCGAGAUGAGGAUGACAAAGAUCGCAAUUGGAGGUGGUCCGAGUCUCCCGAGAUCGAGCUGGAUUGUCGUUCAAAAGCCUCGAAGAAGAAACGUUGCCGUUCCACGGAAAGAGAACGAUCGCAGAGAUCCUCGCGCGAUAAAAGAGAACAGAGUGAAAGAUCCAGUGCGAGGAGUUUUCGGAGCAUGGCAUCGUCCGAGAAACAUCGAUCGAGUCGCAAGAAGGCUCACAACACUGAAGAUCAGAAUGAGGAGGUUGUAUCGGACAGUCGUUCCUCUAAGAGACGUAAAGAGGAAUCGAAAAGAAAACGCGUCAGCGAAAAUGGCCAUAAAGAACAUAGAAGAAAGCAUUAAGAAUAACAAAAGAAUAGAAAUAAAUAAAUAUAAAUGUCUGCGAGGACGUGAAUUUCCGAAGAAGUUCCAAAGAUCGCAUAGGCUGUGUGAAGACGAAGUAAAAGGUAGAAUUAUUAAUAUUUUUAAUGCUUUUGUUAAGAUGACAGAACUUGAAUUUGACAAUUGAAUAAGUUAACAUAAUAUUUUGCGUCCGCAUUUUAUCAUUUCCCUCAUCAAAUCCUUCUGUAACGAUCUGUUUCUGUAAUUCAGUACAGUAAUUUCAGCUACGAUUAGUUAAACCAUUAAAAUAAGAUAAGAUUUGCACAAAUACACAAUACAUACAAUAAUACAUUUGUACAAAUAAUUGGGAAAUAAAAUGACCGUAUUGUUA